AUGAAAGACUCUACGGAGGUAGCUGUCUCGUCUCGGAGGGGAGGAAGAAGAAAGGCAUGCGAUCUAUGCUGCCAAAAGAAGAUUCGUUGCAACGGUGCAAAACCGCGGUGCUCUCAUUGCCAGAUCUACGAAUCGGAAUGCGUGUAUAAUGGCGUGCAGCGGAAGACAGUUCCACGGGUCAAUAGUGCCCCUAGAGUUGAGUCUCUCGAGGCUCGUAUGGGCCGCAUGGAGUUAAUACUCGAGGGUCUGAAGACGCAGAUUGAUAUCCUGUCUAAGAGAGGGGAAAUUGAAUCGGCUGUUGAGGAUGUUCAAGAAGUCUUUCCAUCAAGCGAAGAACGAGAAGAUGAACGAACUCUUCCACCACUCUCUGACAUUCUUCCUAUAGUGGACGAGUACUUCUCAUCCACUAAUCGGCUCUUACCUCUAUUUGAUCAGAUAAAAUUCAUGCAGAUGCUGCGUGGCUGGUACUCAAAUCCAGAUCAGCGUGGUUCGGCUACCUGGGCAGCCAUUAAUGUCGUUCUUGCGCUUGGUUUACUCCUCCAGCCACAUAUUAAUGCUGGUGGAGAUUUGACGGUAGCAACGCUCGUCAAGAAUGCACAAUCGGUCCUUGAUGAGAUAGUCACUCGCGAAGAAGAUAUACUCAGUGCACAAAUCGUCCUUGGCCUCUGUAUCCUUUUUCAGGAAUCGCCCGAUCCUCAGCCUGCAAGUGUCUUGGUCGCGACGGCUAUCACAUUGGUGCACAGACUGAGACUCUAUAGUCGGUCGGGACAAGAGAAUCUUAGUCAGGCAGAUAUCAGACAGCGCGACCGCUUGUUCUGGAUCGCCUACAUCCUGGAUAAGAGUAUCAGCCUGCGGGCGCAGCAGCCGCCUCUGCUCUCCGAUGCGUGGACAGAUAUCGACCUGCCGGAAGCUGACCCCAUUGAUGGCGCCGGUGUCGUCUAUAGCCUCCAAGGAACGAGUAAGAUAAACUUUUUCCGCCUUCGAGUACAGCUAGGGAUCAUUCAGGGAAAGGUAUAUGAAUGGCUGUAUUCAGUGACUGCGGAUAAACUGUUGUCAGCUGCGAAAGAACAAUUCGUACAGUCAGUCGAGUGUACGCUCCAUCAAUGGGAGGAAAGCUUGCCAAGAGAGUUCAUGCCGGAUUCCAUCCUUGAAUCCGCUCCUUUAGGGACUGUACAGCACCUGGCUUCCCUGCACUGGACCUAUCUUCAUACCUCGGCCCUGAUACAUCGGGCUCAUUCACACAACCAGAAGUGGAUACAGAUUAUCCUUCAACGCAGCGCUAUUAUCAUUGACGAACCGAUCAGAUGUGCCAUCACUAGCCCACAGCCGUCUCUACCAGGAUCCUGGUCUAAGUUGGUUAGCUCUUCACGGGCGUGCAUGAAGCUUUGGGAUAGCAUGCUGACGUACAAUGAACCGUUGAUCUGGUCCACGCUAUGUGGUCGAAUCACGGGACUCCUUCUGCUCCUAGUGAACAAUCUGACGGAGCCUCAGCAUGAGAUGCUGAUAGCAGACCAGAGACUUGUCGAGGCCGCCAUACAAUCACUAGUGCCGAUAGCUGCGAAAUUAAGAAACAGGCAGUUCCAACAAGUUUAUCACGCCUGCGAGGAGCUGGCACUCAAGGUUCGGAUUUUGAUAGAGCGGAGCAUCAACGUGGUCUCCGCCUCCGAGGCACAAUACUUUUUGGCGGAAGUUCAAUUGGGAAGCUCUCUUGACGAACCUGGAACCCAGCCGGUCCUGGGAUUGGUACAAGGAUUGUAUCAUGGCGGUAAGCGCCCAGAAGUAAUGCCAACAAACCCAUUAGGGGAGGCAAUAUUGCAAGAAGAUGGGAGUCCAUUGGUCGAUAAUUCUGCUAUAUCUGGCACCGCUUUAUUUAGUUGGAAUUAG